CUUUGUUGUUGUUACUGCUGCUGCUGCUGCUGCUUUGAUUUAAUAAGACACAAGCGCCAAUAUAAACAGAUUACGUCAAAUUCAUCUAGCUGAAACUUAUCUCAACGAAAUGAAACGUUACAGAUGCUCACGCAUCGCAAAUAAAAUGAUCGCUUCAAUAAUUGUGAUUUUAUUGUUCAUCGAACAUUUUCCAUUCAUAUCAACUGAUCAAAUGUUGAAGAGAGUUCAAGCGGCUGGCUAUACAAUUGAACGACAUUACAUAACUACAGACGAUGGCUACAUUUUACGACUUUAUCGCAUUCCAUCAUCACCAAAAACCGUCAACAAUUCAAAACACAAUAAACCAAUACUAUUAAUGCACGGACUGACUGGAUCUUCUAGGGACUAUGUUGUUUAUCCAAACAUUUCGCCGGGAUAUUAUUUCGCACAGCAUGGUUUUGACGUUUGGUUAGGAAACGCUCGUGGUAAUACAUUUUCACGAAAUCAUACAUCGCUUGAUCCAGAUGAAGGAGAAUUUUGGCAGUUCAGUUGGCACGAAAUUGCUAUGAACGAUUUGCCAGCGAUGAUUGACUUCAUUUUAUACAGAUCCAAUCACAAUCAAUUAAUAUACGGAGGGCAUUCGCAGGGUGGCACAACGAUCUUUGCUCUACUUAGCGAACGACCCGAAUACAAUAAGAAAAUUUCAUUAGUACAUGCUAUCGCGGCGGCCGUUUAUUUGAAAAAUGCACAAUCAUUUCUAAUUCCAAUAUGGACAAAGCUACGUCAUUUUCGGGGAUUGGCCGAGAAGACUCAAUUGUACGAAUUGUUAGGUGGAAGAACAUCACAAUAUUUCCAGCCACUGGCUAUUUUAUGUACAUCGCCAUUCUCUGAAAAAUUGUGCAAGUCCCUGGUCGGUUAUCUUUACGGACCACUUGCAGCCGGCAGUUAUUAUAAUAAUUUGGUUUCCGACUAUUUAUCUGUCGAUCCAAGCGGUUCGAGUUUUUUACAAGUCAUUCAUUUUGGACAGCUUUUCCGUACAGGUCGAUUCGAAAAAUUUGAUGAUCAACAACUAGGAAAUCCACCCCAAUACAAUAUCUCAAAUGUUCAAACAAAAGUGCAUAUUAUUUACGGGACGAAUGAUUACAUUGUCCCCACAACGGGUAGUCAUAAACUGAUACGCAGACUGAGCAAAACAUUAGUUGCGGUUGACGAGACUGAUUUCAGUCAUUACGAUUUUUUCUUCGGCCAGCAAGCUCACCAACUACCAUCGCUUAUGUUACGAGUUAUAAAUGCACAUACAUGAAAAUGAAAUCAAAUAAAUACAGUGCAAAUCAAAAUGGAUAGAUAAAAAAAAUUGAAAUUGUUUCUCUGUAUUGUAAAUUAAAUUGUAUUUUUCUCCAUGGAUCCUAUUCGGUACAUUAAAUUGUGUUUCAUUCUGGUUCAGUGGAUGUCAA